AUGAAAGAAAUCACCAUCACGGACACUUUCGUGGUGGACAAUCCAGUCGAAGAGGCAGAAGAGAUGGAACAAACACGAAUUGAAGCCAAACGAAAAGCCGUUGACAAGGCUGCAUCACAACAGGAAAGCACUUCUGCUGGGGCAGCCAAGCCAGUUGCCAAGGCAAAAAUGACAAUGAUUGGACGGUACUUGCCCAAGACGGCGGAUACCAACAGCAAAGACGAUGACGACAAUGACAUUCCCGUUUUACCAAAGGCAGCAGCAAAUCCAGCCAACUCCUCCAAGCCAAAGUCCAAAUGA